UUGUCAUUUACAGGAAACGACAAUAGUGAAACUCUUCCGGAGUCUAUCCCAUCUGCUCCUGGGACACUGCCCCAUUUUAUGCAAGAGCCGGACGAUGCCUACAUAAUUAAAAGCAACCCUAUAGUGUUGCGCUGCAGAGCCAGGCCUGCAAUGCAAAUCUUCUUCAAGUGCAAUGGGGAAUGGGUCCAUCAGAAUGAACAUGUCUCUGAGGAGAGCAUGGAUGCAAGUACAGGCAUGAAGGUUCGGGAAGCAUACAUCAAUGUGACAAGGCAGCAAGUGGAGGAUUUUCACGGACCAGAAGACUACUGGUGCCAGUGUGUCGCUUGGAGCCACCUGGGGACUUCAAAGAGCAGGAAGGCUUCAGUCCGCAUUGCCUAUUUACGCAAAAACUUUGAGCAAGACCCCCAGGGAAAGGAAGUGCCUAUUGAAGGAAUGAUAGUAUUACACUGCCGGCCACCAGAGGGAGUACCUGCAGCAGAGGUGAAAUGGCUUAAGAAUGAAGAACCCAUUGAUGCUGAACAGGAUGAGAAUAUUGACACCCGAGCAGAUCACAACCUGAUCAUCCGACAAGCUCGUCUGUCUGAUUCCGGGAACUACACAUGUAUGGCAUCCAAUGUAGUUGCCGAGAGAAGAAGUCUGUCAGCCACCGUAGUGGUGUAUGUGAAUGGAGGCUGGUCUUCAUGGACAGAGUGGUCUAACUGCAAUGUACGGUGUGGCAGAGGGUGGCAGAAGAGAUCGCGAACCUGUACCAACCCUGCUCCUCUCAACGGAGGCGCUUUCUGCGAGGGGAUGUCUGUGCAGAAAAUUACCUGCACUUCGUUGUGCCCAGUGGAUGGCGGCUGGGAAGUGUGGAGUGAGUGGUCCGUCUGCAGCCCUGAGUGCGAACACUUGAGGAUCCGCGAAUGCACUGCUCCGCCUCCACGGAACAGUGGGAAAUUUUGUGAAGGCCCCAGCCAAGAGUCUGAAAACUGCACUGAAGGUCUUUGCAUUCAAGAUAGAAAGCCUCUUCAUGAAAUAAAACCCCAAAACAUUGAGAAUGCAACAGACAUUGCCUUGUACUCAGGCCUGGGUGCUGCUGUCAUUGCAGUUGCUGCCAUCGUAGUCGGUGUGACUCUCUACAGACGGAGCCAGAGUGAAUAUGGCGUGGAUGUGAUCGACUCGUCAGCCUUGACAGGAGGCUUCCAGACAUUUAACUUUAAAACUGUUCGGCAAGGUAACUCCUUGCUUUUGAACUCAUCCAUGCAGCCUGACCUGACAGUGAGUAGAACCUACAGUGGACCCAUUUGCCUUCAAGACCCCAUCGACAAGGAGCUUAUGACAGAAUCAUCCCUCUUCAAUCCUUUGUCUGACAUUAAGGUCAAAGUUCAGAGUUCAUUUAUGGUUUCUCUGGGUGUGACGGAUAGAACCGAGUACCAUGGAAAAACUCAUUCUGGGACCUUUCCACAUGACAGUAACAGAACCUUCAAUGCCAUCCAUGCAAAGAACAAAGCAGCUUACAUCCAGAAUCUUUCAUCGCUCUCCAAACAAAGUGAGAUGAGGGCCACCGGUGUGUUUGGUCACCAGGGAGGACGUUUGGGAAUCCCCAAUACAGGUGUUAGUUUGCUGAUUCCACAUGGUGCUAUCCCUGAAGAAACAUCUUGGGAGAUCUACCUUGCCAUCAACCAAGGUGAAUCCAGCCUGCAACCAGAAGGCAGCAAAGUCCUCCUUGGUCCAGAAGUAACUUGUGGUCCUCCAGAAGUGACAGUCUCCACCCCAUUUGCCUUGACAAUACCACACUGUGCAGAAGUGAACCCUGAGCACUGGAACAUCCAUUUGAAAAAGAAAAAGCAUCAGGGAAAAUGGGAGGAAGUGAUGUCUGUGGAAGAGGAAACCACUUCCUGUUACUGCCUCUUGGAUCCAUAUGCUUGUCACAUUCUCUUGGACUCUUUUGGAACUUACGCUCUCAUUGGGGAGCCCCUUUCUGAUUGUUCUGUUAAAGAACUGAAAGUAGCCGUAUUUGGCUGUAUGUCCUGUAACUCACUGGAUUAUAGUCUAAGAGUGUACUGUGUGGAUAAUACUCCCUGUGCGUUUCAGGAAGUGAUUUUAGAUGAAAGACGGCAAGGGGGGCAGUUGCUGGAAGAACCAAAGCUGUUGCAUUUCAAAGGGAAUACCUUCAGUCUUCAGAUCUCUGUCCUUGAUAUCCCUCCUUUCCUCUGGAGAAUCAAACCAUUCACAGCAUGUCAGGAAGUUCCUUUCUCUCGUGUGUGGCGCAGCCACCAGCAGCCACUCCACUGUGCCUUUUCGCUGGAGCGCUACACUCCUGCCACCACACAGCUCUCAUGCAAAAUCUGUGUCAGACAAGUCAAAGGCCAUGAACAAAUUCUACAGAUCCAGACAUCUAUUCUCGAGAAUGAAAGAGAAACCAUCACUUUCUUUCCACAUGAUGACAGCCACUUCCCUGCUCAGACAGGCCCACAAGCCUUCAAGAUACCAUACUCUAUCAGGCAGAGGAUAUGUGCAACUUUCGACACACCCAGCGCCAAAGGCAAAGACUGGCAGAUGUUAGCACAGAAAAACAGCAUCAACAGGAAUUUGUCUUACUUUGCUACCCAGCACAGCCCAUCUGCUGUCAUUUUGGACUUAUGGGAAGCGAGGCAUCAGCAUGAUGGUGACUUAGACUCUCUAGCCUGUGCUUUGGAAGAGAUAGGAAGGACACAGCCCAAACUCUCUCUUACAGAAACUCAGAUCGAGGAGUCCAACUUCAGCUACAGUAGACAAAACGGACUUUAGUCAUCACUUUCCUUUAAAAGAACUGAAAGCCGGCUUGGACUUUGUACUUGACAGAAUUCCCGUCAAAAGGAAGGAAACCAUGUGCUACAAUUUCACCACACACAUCCCUCCCGUAUUUCAUACAACGGCUCACUCCCUCAUGCCAUCAAACCAGUUUCCGUUUGGAGGAACAGAAGAAGCUGGUCAACCGCAAGGAAACAUAUGCCUCUCUGCACAAAUGUUGCUGUGAGAAGGGUGGGGAAAUCAUCUCCCUGCAUGGAAGGUUAAAUUUGAUACUUGGGUACUGAAUGUAAGCACAGUACUCAAGGCACAAAACGUGUAAGAAUAA